GCAUUGAAGAUAGUGCAUCGCACUACACAGCCGAUAGCCGUUCGAAUUCAACUCAACACGACACGUCUGUGAAAGGCAGGGAUUGGCCAGAUCUGAGUUUGGGGUCUGCGCAGUGAUGAGGUGCAUAAAUCGAUCCUAAGACUCGUAAACCGAACAGGUAAUCGCGCAGUCGCUGCAAAUGGCUGACGCACGAAUAACAACAACAGGAGGGAGCUGCCACCGCGCCCAUAGUCACAGUGUCUGAAUCUUGUCAUAGCCAGAAAAUAAGUGUUGUUAGUUUUGUCAGUGGUCGUAGACAAAAAUCGACGCCCGGUUCUCCGCGUUGUCUUUGAAAACAAUCAGGACUGGUUCGUCCGAGUAAUAUGAAUGAAAAAUAGACGAUCAACUGAACAAACUCAACUGUGAAAAUACCUGCAUAAUCAGUCACGCGGAAUGAGACAAUGAUUCUUCUUUGGAUACUGACUUCAGUGCUCGGUGGCAUCACUUUUGCCCAGGAGGCUUACGAAUAUAAGGGAUGCUACCGAAACUUGGAAGCUGAUGUGGACUUUCCAGUACUGGCAGUCAAUCAUCCGAGCUCGCCAUCCGAAUGUAUCCGGGAAUGCGGUUCCCGAUAUUACAUGUUUGCAGGUCUGAUGAACGACCAGCAAUGCUACUGCGGCAGCGAAUACGGAAGAAGCGGUCCUUCCUUAGGGUGCACAAUCUAUUGCGUAGCUGAGCCCACCGCGCUGUGCGGUUCCCUUGACUCCGUAAGCGUUUACAGCACUGGGCUAAAAGGUCCAAGUCCACCAAGGCACAUUCAACUGAUCCGCAGCGAGCCUGGAGCGCUUCAGAUAACCUGGGAGCCACCGAACGUCCCGAACGGUAAACUGAUAGCCUACAACCUUCGGGCGGUCUCUCUGACGUCGCAUGCCUCUGGUUUCCUGCCUACGAUUGAAAUUCAAGUGCAAGGCGGUUCGUCGAACACGACGACAAUGCGGGGUCUGCAGCCUGGCACGAAUUACAACGUCUCAAUAGUCGCGGUGAACACUCACGGUAGCGGAUCGGCAGCUUAUUCCACAAAUUGGACGUUGAUCGGUCAACCAGACAAGCCGGACCCCCCGAAGAUCGUGAACAAAACGGACACCACGGUGACCGUUGUGCUGGCCAAGGGCUCGAGCGAAUCGGGCCCGGUAAGUCGGUACCAAGUGGUCGUCGUCAGGGCAGGAACGAUCCCACCGACGGACAGUGAUCGGACUUAUCCAGGCUACGAACAGUCCAGGGAGGAAGGCUUGGGCUACUACGUGACCGGAGAGUUCGAGGCCGGUGACUACGAGCGGUACAAGACCUUCACGAUUGGGGACGGCAGAAGAAACGGUCGCUUCUACAACGCGCCGUUGGACACACGGUCGUCGAUGCCGCACAUUGGGCUGAUCGUGACGUCCGAGAUUAGGGAUGAGAAGAAGUACAGCUACUCGGAGUUAACUAAUACUGUUUCGGCGGGCCUGGAAGCCCCCAAACCCAGAGGUGCCAGCGCGACCGUGGUCGUCCUCUACGUGGCCAUCGUUCUCCUCGGGGUCUUGCUCCUCGCAUCCGUCCUGACUUACGUCGUUUUGCGGCGGCGGCACGCCAGGAGCCGGGCCAAGCAGUCGUCCGAACAGCAGGAGCUCACGCUUCAGGGACCUGUUUGCGAGGUGGAUAAUAUGGCGUACGUGCCCGAGGACGUUCCCGAGCGGAAGAACCACUACCAGGACUUGAAGAGCAAGGUGUGGAGCAUCCCGAAGAACUUUCUGGUCAUCGACGCAGCAGUUGUUCGCCGCGGAAGAUUUGGGACCGUUCACAUGGGGACGGUGCAGAUAAACGGGGUCCCGAAGACCGCCACCGUUCACACCAUAUCCGACGGCCUCCUCAGGGCCUCGGAGAAAAAGGCGAUGCUGAGGGAGCUUGACGUCUGCAUAAGAGUUGGAAGCCACAUCAAUUUGGCAGGACUUAUCGGCACCUGUGAGACUCCUGAGUCGCUCUACGUCGUCAUUGAGAUGCCGCCGCAGACCCUGAAGAAUCGAUUGCUCGCCGCGAGGUCCGGCGAUCCUCUACCUCCCAAUCAGAUACUCUCCGUUGGUGUGUCCGUCGCCUCAGCGCUGCUUCACCUACAGAAUCACAAGAUCGUUCACACCUGUCUCUGCGCCAGAAGCGUCGGUCUCGAAAGCGACGGCACUCCCAAGCUGAUGGGACACGGGAUAGCGAAGUAUGCUCUUGAGGACAUCAAAUACAUCCGCUGGAAGGCUCUCGAGCUCCUGAACAACGAGAAGUGGCACCAGGAGGGCGUCGUCUGGGCCUUCGGGGUCCUCUUGUGGGAGAUAUUUAGCAUGGGGGGGACGCCUUACGCGGAUUUAGUCGGCGAUGACGAGGUCGAGGACGCCGUCAGACGACACGUUAGACUACCUCAGCUCAGGGAUAUGCCGGAUCCGUUUUACGAAGUGAUGCUGUCCUGCUGGAGCAUCAAUCGGGACGAAAGACCGACGCUCGACGAACUUGUCAGAAUCGACACCUUGAGCGUCUGCCCGAUCACAUCUGUUACGGAACCUUAUAUCCCGGAAUUGGAGCUGAAUUAGCAUUCGGUCGAUCAGUUCUUUGCUUCGCAUAGAUCUGUAUGAACCAUCUUUUAUCACAUUCCACGGCAAUUGACCUUGAAAAAUUACUAUGCGUGGAACAUUUUUGUCAAAUGGCUAUUAUCUGUCGAUAGCUGAAAGAAAAAAGUGAAGGAGUAUUUAUUGAAUCGUUUGUUCCAGUCAAGAACGUCUUGAAUCCUCAUCAGUGAUAGCAUUUGUACUUUUUUGCAUUCAGUAACGCGAGCAAAAUUUGCCUCUAGAAUAGUUUAACGGAAAAGCGUGUUUUGGCCUACGUUUUAUACCGUAAGUAUAUUAAUAACUGAAUCUAUACAAGGUAGCUUAAUUUGAGCUUUUAGUCUCAUCGGUUUGCGAAAACCAUUUGAUUAUUUUGAUUUGUUGAAAGGGUAGAGAAUUUUCUUUUUUUAUUUCUUUUGCAACCAAAAGAUCUGAUUACGCGAUGUCGUAUAUUGAUAUUCGAAAAUGAUACACUGUACUUCACGAUUCCGUCCAAAUAAUACUGAUUGCAAAGCAAUCAGUAUAAAUAUAAUAAGUUGUAAGGUAACUGAUAAAUUAGAUAUUUACUAUUGAAUCGAGUGAAGUCUUAAUAAUCCGUACAUUUUAUUCGAUUUUUUCAGUAUUAUUAUAAUUAUUAUCAAUAUGAUUAUUUUGUGACUUUUAUACAAUCUUUUUCGUAGCCAAAUACUCAUUUUACUAGCAGACAUAAUAUGUAAUGAGAGAAAUCGCGAUAUUGUACGCCUUAUACAUAGAAAAUAUUCGUUUUCACUACUAUACAAAACAUAUUAUACAUAAUUCAAAAUCGUAGACUUUUCCAACGCCACUAUACAAAUUGUAUAAUAGUUAUCGAUAAUAUUUAAUUUUUGAAUAUAUAUAUACGUAUACAUACAUAUAAAAUUAAACAUAUUGUAUAUUGAUGACAGUUUAUUGAGAUGAAAAUUUGUAUAAUCUUUUAGAUUCACUUGUUACCAGCAAUUUUCAUACGAAAAAAAAGUGUAAAUCAAUUGUUCAAACUCAUUCAUAGUUGCACAAUAAAAUGCACAACAGAA